AUGGGCUGCGCUCAAUCCACCGCUGCAAAGGACCCGGCUGCGACAUUGCCUGAUAAUACAAAGCCUGAAGGUGCCGCCAUGGAGACUAAGGUUGAGGAGACGCCAGCCACUGAGGAAGAGAACAAGUUUGCUCCUGAGAAUGAGAACAAGCCUGUUGCAGCCACUGGAGAGAAAAGUAAGGCUGAGGACGAGGAAAGCACUACGAAAGAAGAGCCCAAGGUUGAAUAG